AUGUUCCAUCCAGCUUGCAGCCGUGGAAGAGCUCUUGCCCUUCUCCAACCUUGCGCCCGUCUGAACCUGGCCAAUGCCAUUGGCAAGCGGACAUGGAAUGGCACUCUUCAACAACGGCGGCAGUGGUCGAGACAAACCCUGGCAAAGACCGAGCUCUACGAAGACAGUUAUCCUGCAGCUACCAAGCUCAAGGAUACGGGUAUUUUUGCCCCUCGGAAAAAGAGGGCUAGCAAGAAAGACCCCACGUCCAGUGAUGGGAGCAGGGUCAACAUUGUCAAUAAGAGACUUGCCAAUGAUGUCGUCUCGUACCUCGGACCCUCGCUCGAGAGACACAAGGGAUGCGAUCUGAUCUCUAUCUAUCCCGGUGCCGGCCUCUUCGCCAAGUCCCUUCACGAUGCGGUCCAGCCCCGAUCCCACCUAUUGCUCGAGCCCGAUGAAAUACUAUACACGCCCUUUCUCAAACCAUUGCUGAAAGAGAAGAACGUGAGGCUGGUACCCAAGUCCGGAAUCAUUUGGUCAGAGCUACAGGAGAUCCUGACUCCUGAAUAUCUACCCAACCAAGUCGAAUUCGACCGGUUGGAUCUCGACAAAGCACCUCCGAGAAACGACACCCUCCUCGUCAACAUGAACCUCUCGAUGUACCCCAAGAAAAAAUACAAUAUGUUCGACUCCAUGUCGCGCAUGGUCUUGUACCAACUCAUCACCUCCAUCCGCACCUCGACCCAAUUUCAGAAGUACGGCCAGGUGCGCAUGCUUGUAUGGAUUCCCGAUGACGAAAAGUCGUCCAUGAUUCCACGCAUGGUGCAAAUGAGGAAAAAGGGAGCCGUCGAGGCCGAGCUGGUGACAGAGUACAUGGCCGAGGUGUGCGGCAAGGAUGGCACUCUUGACGAGGAAACCGAGUCAGCCAAGGGCAAGAACACCAAAGUCCGGCCGCACCAGCUCGACCUCGAGAGCCUGCGACAGGCCAUGGUGCGCAUGCGGGACGGCGGACAUGUCACCCCACAUGGCAGGGAUACCAAACUUCUAAAACAAUUCAAAGCAUUGGACGUCCCCUUGGACACUCCUCUCCCCUUGGCCGAUGAGGUGUUCUCAGUCGACAAGGCCUUCAGGUCAGAGAUCGAAGACAUGCGGAAGCAGGAGGAAGCAGGCACGAUUGCAAAGGGUUCCAAACUAGAAACCCGGUACAAGAUGCUCAAGCACUACGAUAAAUGGCUCGACAGGCUCGCCGUCAAGCUCCUGGACUUCGCGAUAAGGCACGACGCCAUGAACGAGCUGCGGAAACAGGCAGACCAGGCCAAGGCCGACGGCGACGAGGAGCGCGCGCAGAACCUGAUCCACAAGACCAGGCGGCUCAACGAGCAGUACAACAACGCCGUCAGACAGCUGCCAGAUUACGUCAGGUCGCAGCUGAACCUGCUGCGAGACCAGCUGCACGUGCUGCGGCAGCCGGCGGAUCUGGGCCCGGUGAUGUCGUGGGACCGGCGUCCGUAUGAGCCGCUGCGGGUCCGGCCGACCGAGUUCUUCCCCAACACGCCGCUCGCGCUCAUCGACAUCCAGCCCAAGGCGCCGCACCCGCUGCUGCGGCACAUCGGCCCCGGCACCAGCAACGCGGGCGACAUCUUCGACCUGAUGCUGGGCAUGAUCAUGCAGAACACGCUCGUCCCGCUUGUCCACACCAUGGAUCACGUCUGGCCCGGCGCCCGCGACGGCCUCGAGUCCGAGUGCGAGACCGUCCGCGACCCGGCCACCCGGCGGCACCCCGCUCACCGGCGACGCCGCGUUCGGCUGCCCAGCUAUGCCGAGCUCGUGGGCCGUCUCGAGGACGACAGCCUGGUUGACGACUCCAGCUCGCCUGGGCUCGACGACGAAGGGCCCGGGGGCCUUGGCAUGGGGAACACUACCCUGGAUGCCUUCUAG